AAGGAGAAGCCACAGAAGCGGCGAUCCAACCAACAUGGCCCCGUCGGCUCGGCCCAGCAACACCGUGCUUGAUAUGGAGGAAGAUGAGUCCUACUACGGGGUUCAGAAAGCGGACAGAAAGACGCGGAAACCUCUGGUGGAGAAGAAGAGGCGAGCGCGCAUCAAUGAGAGUUUGCAGGAGCUGCGGACUUUGCUGGCAGACACAGACUUUCACUCCAAGAUGGAGAACGCCGAGGUGCUGGAGGUGACGGUGAAAAAGGUGGAGGACAUACUGAAGAACCGAACCCAAGAAACAGCAGCACUCAACCGGGAAGCCAGCGAGAGGUUUGCGGCCGGCUACAUCCAGUGCAUGCACGAGGUCCACAUGUUUGUGUCCAGCUGUCCUGGGAUAGAUGCAACAGUGGCAGCGGAGCUCCUCAACCAUCUUCUGGAGUGCAUGCCCCUGAACGAGGAUCACCUCCAGGAUGUGCUCAUGGAUCUAAUCACUGACACGUCUGGGAGUAACGGCAGCACUUGGCACGGAGGCGGCGAGGCGCUCUGCUCGACUCUGGCUUCGCCUGGAGGAAGGAGCCUGUCCAGCGGCUCGUCCUCGGCCCUCUCCCCGGCCCCCUCCACCACGUCCAGCGAGGACCUGUGCUCCGACCUGGACGAGACAGACAGCGAGCACAACCAGAGCUCCAGUGAGGGCUUGGAGAACAGGGAGGCUCUGAGCAUGCCCACCAUGACCUACCCACGGUCAAUGUGGAGACCCUGGUAG